CGUUUCUACCGGAUGAGACCAGCAGAGAUAAACUCAUGCUGCCAUCAGCGGUAAAGGUGGACUACCAUGCCUCUUGUUUCUGCCACCAUCGACUGGUGGACGUCGGCCAUGUCUGCUCUGUCUGUCUCUCUAGUGGGUGUGCCCUUCAAUUUACCUGCCAUUUUCUAUUCGUGUCACAUAAUUAUACUUACCUGUAUAAUUGAAUGUUGAUUGCAGUUUUCUGUCAAUUCACUCCGAUCUGCUCCAUGUGCCAAGCACACUUCAAGCUGCCCAACUUGCCUCUGGUCAAGGCUGGAAAGUCGAAGAAGAAAAAGAACGCCAA